CGCGCGAGCCGCUCUGCGCCGUGAGUCCAGCCCGACCCGCAGACAGGUACCCCACGGGACCACUACCCGUACCUGGGUCCCGGCCGGCCGCAGCUCGCCGCCCGCGCAGCCCGCGCACCCAACGACUGACUCCCUAUGACAUGACACAACUGCUGAAUAUACAGAGAACAACUAUUUUUCUUUUAUAAUUCACACACGAAAACCAGAGAUACUCGUUGACGUGUGCACUUUGCUGUCGCUGCAGCUGCACCCGAGACACUGCGACUGCAUCCCCUCACGGACAGACAGAGAGACAGUGCAUUCGGGCGGGGCAUCGGCGGGGCGCCGCGACGCGUCUGUGGCGAGGCGGAGUGACCGCGCGUGACCGAGCGUGACCGCGCGUGACCGGUCGGGGUGUCAUUGUGUGCGUGCGUUGUGCGAGUUGGUGACAAGUGCCGCCGUCCAUCGACGUUCCUCCUUUACUCGAGUGGAUUACCGACUCUUCAGCCGGCGCCGCAAGAUUUUGUGCACGUGUGCGUUUGUGUGUGAGUGUCCGUGUGACUAGCUUGUGACCGUCUUGUGAUUGGCUCGUGCCGGAACGGGAGAAGCCAGUUCACCAGCUCAGACAAAGCAAGACUCGGCCGGGCGAGCCAGGUGGAACUGCGGACUCCUCGGGGCCCGGACCCCGCUCGGGGCCCACUUGGGUCGCGCGAUGCGCGAGCAGGGGCGGUAGGGAGGGCCCGGGCCCCACACCGGAGGCCGUUUUGGAGGCCGUGCCGGAGGUCACAGGGAGCCCACCAUGGGCGUCCACGGCGACUACCUGCGCGGCGCGAGCCGCAUGGCCAGCCGGAUGGCGGGGGUCGGGGGCUGGAGCCCCGGGCGGGGCGCGCAGCGAGGCCCGCAGCGGGGGCCCCAGCGAGGGCUGUGGGCCGCGGCCGGCGGCACCCCCAUCAACAUGCUCGUCAGCCAGCACAAGAAGAUCAGCUGUGGUCGGUUGUGCGCCAUAUCUCUGGGCUUAUUCACACUGCUGGUCGGUGUGCUGCUGUCCUCCGUCCCCUGGCUCGACUACAUGAUACAGAAGGACCUCAGGCUCCGGAAUGACACCAUGUCGUACUACUACUGGCAGAAGCCCGGCGUGGUGCGGCUCACCAAGGUGUACAUCUUCAACGUGACCAACCCCGACGGCGUCCUCAAGCGGGGCGAGAGGCCGCGACUGCAGCAGGUCGGCCCUUACGUAUACAGGUAACGUUUCCGAAACUUCACUCCAAGUCGAGG